GAGGGGCGGGAAAGGGUGGUUGCGGCCGGAGUCGGCAGUAGAGAACCGGGCGCGGGCGGAGGAGGCCGCGGAGCAGCGGGCGGUGGUAGAGCCCGGCGAAUCCCAGGCCGGCCGCGGAGCGCGCAGCGUGAAGGCAGCUUUGCAGACGGCGUUAAAUAGGGUCCACGCCCCUCCAACCCCCCAACCCCCUGCGAAUCGGGCCUUGGGUGAAGAGUCAAGCGAGUUUCUGGUAACAGCCUGAAGGCGAACCCCCGGGAGCAUAAAAGAUGACAACAGCAGCUAGGCCAACUUUUGAACCUGCGAGAGGGGGGAGAGGAAAAGGAGAAGGUGAUUUGAGCCAACUCUCAAAGCAGUAUUCAAGUAGAGACCUACCUUCUCAUACAAAGAUAAAAUAUAGACAAACCACUCAGGAUGCCCCUGAAGAAGUUCGCAACCGUGACUUCAGGAGAGAGCUGGAGGAGAGAGAGCGAGCUGCCGCCAGAGAAAAAAAUAGAGAUCGUCCAACACGAGAACAUACAACCUCCUCAUCAGUGUCAAAGAAACCUCGGUUAGACCAGAUUCCUGCUGCCAACCUUGAUGCAGAUGAUCCUCUAACAGAUGAGGAAGAUGAAGAUGAAGAUUUUGAAGAGGAGAGUGAUGAUGAUGAUACUGCAGCUCUUCUUGCAGAGCUAGAAAAAAUUAAAAAAGAAAGAGCUGAAGAGCAGGCCAGGAAGGAACAAGAACAAAAAGCUGAAGAAGAAAGAAUACGUAUGGAAAACAUAUUGAGUGGAAACCCUCUCCUUAAUCUCACUGGCCCAUCCCAGCCUCAGGCCAACUUCAAAGUUAAAAGAAGGUGGGAUGAUGAUGUUGUUUUCAAGAACUGUGCAAAAGGUGUAGAUGAUCAGAAGAAAGACAAAAGAUUUGUAAAUGAUACACUGCGAUCUGAAUUUCACAAAAAGUUCAUGGAGAAAUAUAUUAAAUAGUACAGUUUUAUGUGCUUAAUUAAAGACUGUAAAAUGUAAACGAUCA